AAGGCCAUAUGAUGCCCAUGGUAGACAUGGCUAGACUUAUUGCAGAGCGUGGGGUGAUGGUUAGCUUGGUCACCACUCCAUACAAUGCCUCGAGAUUCGACACGACAAUUUCUAGAGCAAAAGAAUCUGGACUUCCAAUUGAUCUUGUGCAAAUACCAUUUCCAUGCCAAGAAGUCGGACUUCCAAUUGGGUGUGAGAAUCUUGACAGUUUACCCUCAAGAGACCCGCUCAGAAAAUUUUAUAAGGCUCUAAGUUUGCUACAAGAACCGGUCGAAAACUAUCUUCGCAAGCAAAAGCUUCAUCCCAGCUGCAUAAUCUCGGACAAGGCCCACUGGUGGACUUCGAAAACAGCUCAGAAGUUCAAUGUUCCUAGGAUUGUUUUCCAUGGGAUGUGCUGCUUCUCACUGUUGAGCUCUCACAAUGUGAAAGCCUACAAUGCUCACAAUUCUGUCACCUCUGACCUUGAACCUUUUGUGGUGCCAGGGCUGCCCCAUAGGAUUGAGAUCACUAAGGCUCAGCUGCCUGGAACAUUUGUUACCCAGACCGAUUUAGAUGACUUUCGGGACAAAAUACAAGAAGCAGAAUUAACAUCCUAUGCGGUUGUAGUGAAUAGCUUUGAUGAACUGGAGCAUGGGUGUGCUGAGGAGUUGAGCAAGGUACUUGAGAAAAAAGUUUGGUGCAUUGGGCCGGUUUCCUUGUGCAACAAGAACAAUAUGGACAGGUUUUCUAGAGGCAACAAAGCCUCAAUUGAUGAGAGGCAAUGCUUGGAAUGGCUCGAAUCUAUGAAACCAAGGUCAGUUAUCUAUGCGUGUCUUGGUAGCCAUUGUAGGCUAGUUCCAUCACAACUGAUUGAGCUUGCCCUUGGUUUAGAAGUUUCAAGGCAGCCAUUUAUUUGGGUAGUCAAAACAAGUGAGAAGCAUUUAGAAUAAGAGAAGUGGUUAGUGGAGGAAAGAUUUGAGGAAAGGAUCAAAGGGAGAGGUCUUCUGAUCAAGGGUUGGGCUCCACAAGUUCUUAUACUCUCCAAUCCUGCAAUUGCAGGAUUCUUUACUCACUGUGGUUGGAACUCAACAAUAGAAGGAGUGAUCACUCAUAUAUUUCAUGCAUUUAUACCAUCCAUUUCUAAAGUCUUUGUGAUGUUUUUGUGUUAAAAUGGUUGCAUUUUACCUUACCUUGUGUUAGUGUGCAGUUAAAUUUGCUUUAAGAUCAAUUUCAUGCAAAAAGGAGAAAAUGAAAUAAU